CAAUCCAACUCACUACUGACUGAGCUAUUCCACUGUCCUAGCAGACGACAAUCCAACUCAGUACUGACUGAGCUAUUCUACUGUCCUAGCAGACGACAAUCUAACUCACUACUAACUGAGCUAUUCCACUGUCCUAGCAGACGACAAUCUAACUCACUACUGACUGAGCUAUUCCACUGUCCUAGCAGACGACAAUCUAACUCACUACUGACUGAGUUAUUCCACUGUCCUAGCAGAGGACAAUCCAACUCACUACUGACUGAGCUAUUCCACUGUCCUAGCAGACGACAAUCUAACUCA